CCCUCUCACAGUCUGGAGUUUGGUAAUCACGGUUAUCUCCACUAUACUCUGAUGCAGGUUAGCGUUUUUGGUUAUGAAUCUUGUUCUGGAGGCAGCUCUGCAGAGUUGUCAGUUGCUGGCACAGCCACAAAAUCUAACCACGCUGCUAAUCCUAAUGCCUAAACAACAUUUUUGUUUUCAGGAAUUUUUACAAUAUAACCAAUUUUGACUUUGCAGCUGACCUAUGUAAUGGGAAAUCGCUUCUUUCUGCCUCCAGGACACGACUCGUGACAAUAAACAUCAACCUUCUACUCUGUAUGCGCUUCACUAUCCACGCAUAAUUGAAUAGAGUCCAGUUGAUUUGAAUGCUGCACAAGUUGACAUAUAUGUUAGAAAACAUAAGAUAUGGCGACAUCUGGUGGUAUGUGGUGGCUCCUUUUCCGAAUAUAUCAAAUUUAAGCAGUGGUGGACGUGGCGAUGACGUCAGUAUCCGGAAAUGACCCGGAUUCAAACUUUCAUUCCCGGCUUGCUAAAAACAGAACGAUCUGUGAAUUCUUGUGGAAUUUUGCUAAUAAUACAUUGAGAAUGCCCGUGUGCAUCAUUGGACACGGAUUGACGCCUCGCAGUUAGGAGUUGACAUCAGGAGGUGUAGUGACUGUUUCUACGGAGCACGGACCGGUCUAUAGUACACUACCGAUAUCUUUCAGAAGUCAGACCCUUCCUCCUUGGCGUGCCCAGUGCAGGCUGGUGAUAUACAGGCGGCAGGAUGACGUGCAGGGAUCGAACCAACGAGUUUCAGUCCGCCUGCAAAUCCCUACAGAGCAGACAGAAUGGUGUUCAGCACACCAAGCCAGCCCUCAGUGCUCUCAAGCAACGCAGUGACUUCACCCUCAUGGCCAAGAGAAUAGGGAAGGACUUGAGUAAUACAUUUGCUAAACUAGAGAAACUCACUAUAUUAGCUAAAAGAAGAUCUCUAUUUGAUGACAAGGCAGUGGAGAUUGAAGAGUUAACCUACAUCAUCAAGCAGGACAUUAACAGCCUGAACAAGCAGAUAGCCCAGCUGCAGGAUCUGAUCCGUUCACGUGGAGCUCCCAGCGGCAGACACAUCCAGACCCAUUCCAACACCAUCGUCAUCUCCCUGCAGUCCAAACUGGCGUCUAUGUCCAAUGACUUCAAGUCGGUUCUAGAAGUAAGAACGGAGAACCUGAAGCAGCAGAAGAACAGGAGAGAACAGUUCUCUCAGCGUCACGUCUCUUCUCCUCUCCACGCCAACAACUUCAAGAGUUCAGUGUUGAUGCAGGAUGAGUCAAGGAGUAUGGGGGCUGAGGUCGCCAUCAACAUGGACAACCAGUCGAACCCUCUACAGCUCCAGCUCAUUGAUGAGCAGGACUCAUACAUCCAGAGCCGUGCAGACACCAUGCAGAACAUUGAGAGCACCAUCGUAGAGUUGGGCUCUAUCUUUCAGCAGCUGGCUCACAUGGUGAAGGAGCAGGAGGAGACAGUACAGAGGAUUGAUGCUAACGUGGAGGACACUCAGCUCAACGUGGACAUGGCUCACACGGAGAUCCUCAAGUACUUCCAGUCUGUGUCCUCCAACCGCUGGCUCAUGGUCAAGAUCUUCCUCGUCCUCAUCGUGUUCUUCAUCGUCUUUGUGGUCUUCCUCGCCUGAGCAGGGAGAAAUGAUAGAUAAAGAAGUGGAGGUUGAAGAAGAGGGAGAUGGAAAAGUUAAUUGUCUUUUGACAGGUUGCGUCACUCCUAUGAAACGCUAGUCGCUUGACCAAUAGUUCAGACGGAGUCAUGCUAUCUGACAUAAGACAAUGGGAAAGGUUGGGCUGAGACGAGGGGAAAGGUUGGGCUGAGACGAGGGGUUGCCACAGCAACAGGACAAUGGGAAAGGUUGGGCUGAGACGAGGGGUUGCCAUAGCAACAGGACAAUGGGACAGGUGGAGUGUUAUUGAACGGUCUGGGACUUGAGGUCCAGCAGCCCAAGAAAUGAUAGUAGUCUGCUGCCUAAAGCCUUGGAGAGAGUUUCUGGAGUGACCCUAGCAGAUCUAUUCUGUUCCUACAGACAUUGAUGAAAUACCCCUAAUGAAAAGGAUAUGCUAUCGGAACACGCUUUGUAUAGUAUAAACAGAAUACUUGUCAUUCUGUUCUUUGUUACUUUAGAGAAUAAUUCAUCUUACACAUUUAAUCAAAAAUGACUUAUUUAAUGGUUUGAUUCUGCAAACCUAGUUUUGUUUCUUGGUAGAUUUUCUUUUACCCCUCAUGUAGCUUAUUGUUGAUUGGUUGUAAGACGGGGUGUCAUCAACUUUCUCUCUGACAUGAGGGCCAACACAACAGACUGGAGUUUUCUUGAAUUGUAAUCAUUUCUUUCGAUUUUUGUUCCUCAUUAUUCUAGUUUUAUUAAAGAGAGACUUGAACAAUUCUCCCUCACUAUCAUUCACGCCACGUAUGAUUGGAAACUAUUGUUGAUUUACUUUCUCUUUUUCAAUGUUUCUUAUUUGCCAAAAGGGUACUUUCAGUUUCAAAGAAAUGUGACAAGACACCUGUGGUCUAAACUGUUUUAUGACAGUACAGGAUUAAAGGUGGUUUAAACUGAAGAGGACAUUCCCUUCAUAGCCCCAGUCAUAAACACAAUGUGACGAGUCACACCCGAACAGUUUGUAACAAGUUACUUAACACUGUUAUUGCAGAUCUAACAGUUUAGAUUGCCUGGUUUACCUGCCAGCAAGUCAGCUGGGGUCAGUCUGAAUACUGUUGCCAAUGGUUUGCAUCCCAAAUGGCACUCUAUUUCCUAUAUAGUGCACUACUUUAAACAGAGCCCAAGGGCCCUGGGCAAAAGUAGUACACUAAAUAGGAAAUGGGUUGCUAUUUGGGACCCUAAUUAACAGGUUGUUAUUAACCCUGUCAUAACCAAUGACAUGUCACCUGUUAUGUAGAGCUGAAAGUACCCUAGUGAAGUCUUUCUCAACCAAACUUCCCUGCAACUUGUCCGUUUGGACCUCACUGCUUUAUUGGGGACUGUCCUCUUCUCUUCAUCUCCUCUCAUUCUCACUGAGGACAGAUGUUUAUGUACAGGCUAUUAUUUAAUGACCGACCAGAACUUUUUUAAUAAGAAAACACUCCUAUUUCUUCCCUCUUUUUUUUUGCCAAAUGCCUUGACUUCUACAGUGUAAAGUGAAAAUAGUGCUAAUGUAUUGGAUAGAAGUGCAUAUUAAAAAAGAACAAUGGGGAA